AUGAAGACUAAAAUGAAUUUUCGGCAGGUGCUUUCCCAGGUUCUAAAUCUGCUCCUUGUGCUUUCGAGCGCAUUUAUGGGAUAUAAAACGUUAUCGUUAAUGACCGACUGCGAAAGCCCUGUUGUUGUUGUAUUGUCUGAAUCGAUGGAGCCGUCAUUCCGUAGAGGCGAUUUACUAUUUCUGGAUAAUCGAAAACCGGCUUUGGAGAAACAAUUGGAAGGUUCGGAUCCUUCUCUAUGGCAGAAAAUUUGGUAUGGCUCUUCGUUGGGAAUUGGUGACAUUGUCGUUUACUCUUUGCCGCACCGUCCGAUCCCUAUUGUUCAUCGAGUUGUCAAGUUGUACGAAUCAGAGAAUGAAACGAAAUUUAUAACGAAGGGUGAUAACAAUCGAAUCGACGACGUUGGGUUGUUUCCACGAACCAUGACUUAUUUGGAUCGUGAAAAGCAUGUAAUUGGUGUUGUCAGAGGAUAUUUCCCUUACUUGGGAAUGAUUACGAUUUGGUUGACGGACUAUCCCACCUUAAAAUAUGUUUUGUUAGGGGCACUCGGCCUUUUAACGUUAUUCCAAAAAGAAGAAUCCUCUUAG